AAAUUUUUUUAUAAAUCUGAGUAUAAUUCUUUUGAAUUAAAGCAAUAAAAAUGGUAUUAAGCAAUAAUAUUUUACUGGAAAAAUGUGGUGUAAUUAUGAUUAUUUAUAACCUUAUAGUUCCUACGUACUCUGGUCCUAAUAACUUACAUUUAAGCGACGGUACGAGUCCUGCGGAAAUAAUACAUGGAGAUUUAUUUUUCGAAAUAACUGAACCUAUAGAAUUGGAGUACACUUACCGAAUAAGACCAGCUAAAGAUUUUGGGGCCCCAUUUAAUGAGUCGUUUUAUAUUCAAAAUAUUCCCUUGGUGCCUAUAGAUCCUAAAUUUGGUUGUAAACCUCCAAACAAUUUGGAUGAUAUCGAAGGAAAUAUUGCAUUUAUUGAGAGAGGGGAAUGCUCUUUCAAGAAAAAAACUAUAAUUGCAGAGAAAGCAGGAGCUAGGGCAGUUAUAAUAACUGAUAUCUCCAAAGAAAACGAAGACUACUUUAUAGAAAUGAUCGACGAUGAGUCAGAGGAAGAUGCAAAUAUCCCAGCUGCCUUUUUAAUGGGUAAAAAUGGGUUUAUGAUCAGUAAAACGCUGGAAAGGUUAAACAGGAAUUUUGCUAUCAUAAAUUUGCCCAUAAAUUUGACUUAUACUCCUAUUCAUAAGAUAAAUCAGCCCCCAUGGCUUGGUUGGUAACUCUGGGUCAGUUUGAAAUUUAGUUAUUUAAUAUUAUUAAAUUCCGUCCAAAUUUGUAAAUAAUAAUUUUGUAAAUAAGGUUUUAGUCAAACUUAGAUUUUUUCUAUACCCACACAGCAUCAAUCUCUGAAAGACAUCUAUAAGAUUUUGACAUCUUAAAAAAUAUGGAAAAAAGCUCUAAAAUUCAGAA